AUGGCACCGAAAUCUCCUGCCAGGCGCAACAAAGCGCGACCAUCGCGAGGCGGGAGAGCUAGUAUUGGUGAUAGAAGGGAGUCUGGUAAGCGACUUGGAGCGCCAGGACCUGCGCCUGAUCGCGCAAAAAAGCGCUAUAAGCCUGGUACUGUGGCUCUUCGUGAGAUCAAGCGGUAUCAAAAGUCGACUGACCUGCUUUUGCUGAAGCUCCCUUUCCAGCGCCUUGUCCGUGAAAUCGCCCAAACAGUCACAAGCGAAGAAGGACCCAACAGAUGGCAGAGCCAAGCCAUUAUGGCCCUACAAGAAGCUACUGAAGCCUUCCUGGUCAACCUAUUCCAUGAUGCCAAUCUAUGCGCCAUUCAUGCAAGGCGCGUCACCAUUCAGCAAAAGGACAUACAGCUCGCACGUCGCCUGCGCGCAGCUUGGGGUGCUCCGGUGUAA